UCGUCAUCGUGAACAUAACAAAGAAGGUGAAUUGACCGACGUAAAAUCGUGCACGAAACAAGAGUGCGCCUUUGCCAAUACAUAUUUGCUUAGUGUGUGAACGAAGCAAAGGACGAUCGUCUUGUCGACAACGGCGGCGAAGACAACGACAGCUGUUUAUUGUUUAUUAUUAUUAUCAAACGAAUUUUUUUUUUGACUGAUCUGAACAUAUAUAUUAUCAUUUUUUCUCUUCGUCACAAUUAGUGUAUUUGUGAGAGCUGUGUUUCUAUUGUUAAAUAAUUUAUUGCCCUCGCAACAACGUUCAUACAAUUUUGACUGUAGAUUUCGCAUAACAAAAACUUUUUUCGCUUCGAAUUUUUAUAUAUUUUUUUUAAAAAUAAUUUGUUGUGUAUAAAAAAUUUGUAGAUUUUUUAUUUGUUAAGUUCGUGACAUUUGAAGCACUUAUCUCUGUGAAUAUAUUUACGUUACAACUGGUUGUAACGCACAUAGUUGUAGUUCAAUAUACGACUGAUGCAAUAUAUUUAGAAGUAACACGCAUUACGACAAUUUAUGUGACACAUGUAGAGCCACAUCAUAUUUGUACAUAAAAAUACACGACGAGAAAAAAAGAAAAAAAACAAAGUGACGUUUUACACAUUUUCUUUGCACUUUUCAUAAGAAUAAAAGGUUGCAAAGAUAAAAGAAAAUAUCGAUUCGCAUAUCGUUUUCAUAUGAAGUAGAUAAAGAAUUUUUUAUUUUAAAUGGAUCCAUUGAAUAGCGUUCUUAAGGCAUAUUUACGAGGUGUUUGGGAUAGUGUGAAAGGUGUGUCGUUAAUAUUUAUCGUUAUUCGAGACACAUACAGCAGCACAGCACUACAAAAUGACAAACAGAACAGUGAAUUGGAAGAAAGUAGCUCCAGCUCAGGUAGUACACACACUGGCAAACGUAGCAAAAAACAAACACAUGCAAACAAACGUGAACUUAACAAACUCAAAGAGGAAUCCAAUUUAUUGAAGCGAGUUUUUCAGUGUUGUUUAUUGAAUGGCGGUUUUUUUGGCCUUAGCAUUAUAUUUUUCGAAUGUGUUUUAUUGCCAAUCAUUCGGGUAUUUCUCAGUUGGAUGUUUACACAAAAUCCCGGCAACGGUGCUAUCAUCGGCAACUACAUUGUUACAUUUCUAUCGAUUUUGUUUGGCAUGAUUUGGGUCAUGCCGUUAUUCAUCUUAAGUAAAAUCGUGAAUAGUUUAUGGUUUCAGGAUAUUGCCGAUUCAGCGUACAAAUUUCGCAAAGGUCAACCGCAAUUGUUUGUCAGUUUUAGUGUUAUCAUAGCUGAUACGCUUUUUUCGUUACUCGUACAAACGUUGUUCCUAAUCCAGAGUAUGGUCGUAAAUGUUUUACCAUUUAAUUAUUUCGGUAUCAUAACAAAUGUUCACUUAUGUUUGCUGUAUUCGUUGUAUUCGUUUGAAUACAAAUGGUGCAAUAUGGGAUGGGAACUGCAUAAGCGUUUAACAUAUAUUGAAAAUAAUUGGCCGUAUUUUCUUGGCUUUGGCACCAUUAUGACGAUUUUAACUCAACUAACGUCAUCGAUAACUAUUAGUGGAUGUAUUUUCGCUGUACUUUUCCCAUUCAGUAUAUUGAGCGCCAACGAAGCCACACCAGUCACAAAUGCAAUUAAUUAUCAGCUGAAAUUCUUCAGUUUAGUCGUAGCCAUAUCGAAUGCUCUCUUUAAUAAGACAAUUCGGCCGUCAAUUGUGCCAAUGUCAAAGGCUGCAAAGGAUGCAGCAAUUACAGCGGCCAACGCAAAUGACAUAUUUCGUACGAUAAGACAACAAACACCGCCCGUAAAUGUAUCACAAAGUCGGAAUCAGUCAUUGCAUCAAUCGGGUUCCCAUCGUCAGUACAGAUAAAAAUGACGAAAAAAUACACAAACUCACAAUACAAUAUUAUCUAUCUAAUAAUAUGCGUCUCAUAUAUUGACAAAAUUGCCUUUUUUCACAUCGUUUUGAAGAUGAAUUUUUUUUAUGUAACGAACAUUUUCUUAGUUCUUGCUUUGAUCAUAUGAACAAAUUUAAAUCAGUAAAAGUUGAAAAUAUUUUCCACUUUUGUACCAAAUAAGGGAAAAAAACCUACAUAAAAUAUGUUGCACGGUCAACAGGUAGGAAAUGAAAAACAAUUGAAACCGGUUGUAAGAUUUAAUUUAGAUAAUUAAAAGAAUGGACAUGAUGCUUUUUUAUUAUGCAAAUUAUGGCUUACAAUGACUUUAAUAUAUAAUAACUAAUAUAAAACAAAACAAAAAAUAUUUAUUGACCCCUUUUUUUCUAAAUGAAAAGA